GUACAGAGAGAGAGAGAGGGAGAGAGAGAGAGAGAGAGAGAGAGAGAGAGAGAGAGAGAGAGAGGAGGGGGGAGAAAAAAAAAGAAACAACUUUCUCUGGUUUCUAACUGCAGGCUCUGCCUUGCCGAGGGGCUUCAGCACUGUGCUUCUGUGAAGUGCCCUCUCGCCCAGGGGUGUGCAGCGGUGUGUAUGAGUGAGUGUGUGUGCACGUGAGCCGGAGCCUCAGGAGCCAUGUCGGACCCCAGGGACAUCGACGAGGAUGCUAUCCUCAAGGGCCUCAGUGCCGAGGAGCUGGAUCAGCUCGAGUAUGAGCUGCAGGAGAUGGACCCCGAGAAUGCCAUGCUGCCUGCCGGGAUGCGGCAGCGUGACCAGACGAAGAAGAGCCCAACGGGUCCAUUUGACCGCGAAGCUCUGCAGCAGCACUUGGAGAAGCAGGCCCUGGAGCACGAGGACAGGGAGGACCUGGUGCCCUUCACUGGGGAGAAGAAAGGAAAGGCCUUCGUGGCCAAGAAGGCAGCAGAGCUCCCGUUGCACGAGCAGGUGACUCUGGAGCCGGAGCUGGAGGAGGCUCUGAAAAAUGCCACAGACGCAGAGAUGUGUGAUAUUGCAGCGAUCCUGGGAAUGUACACGCUGAUGAGCAACAAGCAGUACUAUGAUGCUCUGGGCACCACGGGCACCAUCGCCAACACAGAGGGCAUCAACAGUGUAGUGAAACCAGAUCCCUUCAAGAUCUUCCCCGAUGAGCUGCCCAACCCCACCAACGUGGAGGAAACCCUGGAGAGGAUCCACAACAACGACAGCAGCCUGACUGAGGUCAACCUCAACAACAUCAAGGACAUUCCCAUCCCAACACUGAAAGAGAUCUUCGAGGCGAUGAAGGGAAACUCUCACGUGGAGUUUCUGAGCAUCGCUGCGACCCGAAGCAACGACCCUGUGGCCUACGCAUGCGCUGAGAUGCUGCAGGAGAACACCAGCUUGCAGAGUCUUAAUAUCGAGUCAAACUUCAUCACCGCGGACGGCAUGAUGGCGAUCAUCAAAGCGAUGGCCAACAAUGCCACACUGGUGGAGCUCAAGAUUGACAACCAGAGGCAGACGCUGGGAGACUCCGUCGAGAUGGAGAUCGCCUCCAUGUUGGAGAACAACUCCAGCAUCCUCAAAUUCGGCUACCACUUCAGCCAGCAGGGUCCCCGCGCCAGAGCUGCCAUGGCCAUCACACGAAACAACGACAUGAUUCGCCAGCAGAGAUUAAGAUGAAAGUAACAAGGAGCAAACAGAAGAACAACCACUUCAGCCCCCCCGGAGCCUGCAGACAGACUGCCACCAACAGCCUCGUGCCAACUUCCUCAAUGUGACGUGCCGGAGCUGAAUCCUCCAGAAUUCAAGCUGGGUCGACGUGCAUGGCGCAACCCACCACCAACCUAACAUCCAAUCAUUUCAUUUCAUUUCCUGCAGCCAGCUUUUUGUAGACUGCUGAAUUCAUCAUAAAGGCAUGUAUAGGUCACAA